AUGCCAAAUCGAGAAACAAAGAGGAAAGUUGCUCCUAACAUUGCUCAGAGACCGAGAGGGGCAACACCAAAGCGACGGCCUAACACUCUGCCCAGUCAGUACAACUUCACGCCGACGGUCCAAGAUCCUCCUCCUCCUCUCCAAACGCCUGAAAUACAAGUCGCCAAUUUGCAACGUCAAUCAUCAGCAGCCCAGAUCCAGAACUAUCCUCCGCCACAACAACUUUUUCAGAACUCAUUUACACACCCACCUCCACCCGAACUACACCGGACUCCUUCAGAAGAAGUCAACUUCAAUCCACAGAUUCAUGUCGGUCUUCAGGAUGACCCUCCGCCUUCUCUAGUCCGACCCUCUCAAACUCGAUCGCAUCCAUCGCAUCCUUUGUCUCAAGGGAACAACUUCGAAGAUUCAUCUUCUCCGGUGUUGCCGGAACUCCAGGAGGACCUGUUGCGUGCUCUAAAUGCACUGAUUCUGGUUCCAAACAGGGAUAAGUUCACGACCGUCCUCUCUCCCGCACCUAUACCGAACACCCAAUGGUAUGAUUUUUCCUCUUCUCAUGUAUUGUAA